UUCCAUGACGAGAAAUGGAAGAAUCAAAAAUGCAUCAGCCACUCUGGCGAUUUUGGUUGCUUUUGUGAUUCUACAGCUACAGAAGGACCGAGAUAUGAAAUUUCGAACAUCCUCACCACCGAAUGAACAACGCAUGCACCACAGGAAUGCUACUCACUUGGCGCCCACAACGAACAGUGUUAUCCCUAGACGUAACGGGACGCUAUGUGAUGAUCUUCAUCCUUUACAAGCUUUAGAGCGUUACAAAGCUCAACACUCGCAAGCAAUCAUGCUAAGUGAAUCCCCUGCUGAUGCCGUCCAUCGCAGGUAUGCCAUUGGCUACUACUCCUGUCCUUUCCAAGCCGGCAACCGCUUACAUCAUUUCUUCAAUGCCAUGAUUUGGGCCAUAGUUACCAAUCGCACUCUCUUGUGGAAGUACUACGAUGCUAAAACGUGUCGUCUUGUGUCACAGAGAAGAAGCCAGCCACAUCACGACAGACAAAUUUGCCUAGUCGCCAACACCGAAGCAGAAUGCGAAGUGGUGCUUCAUCGAAAGGCAUCUUGGAUUCCUUCGCUGGAAGAAUGGGCGCCUAAGCAGCUGGGGAGUAACACCACUUUAACGUCACUUUCGUAUUGGAGUACUCAUCGUCCUCCAUCCGACCCGACUCGUUCCAAGGUUCGUUGGCGGGAUAUUGAUUCGAAACACCAAGGUGUGGACCUUUGGACUGAAUUUCAGAUUGUUGACUUUCCACAAAUGUUAGGGAAGGAUGCGGGAAAUGUUUUAGGAGACGAAAAAGGACGCCUCGACAUGUUGGCGACCGAUUCAGCGCGGGAUGCAGCGCGGAACUUGUUUGCUGAAGGCUCACAUUUCACUUACGGUAUGCUUUUUCGAGAAGUAUUUGACCUUCGACCGAGCGUGCUUUCUUUAGACAGCACGUCUGUGCUCGACGCCGUCAGUUUAAGUAAUCCCUUUUCCAUUGCCUUACAUUCCCGACAUUCCAAGCCUGAGGACAACGGUUCUGACGUUUCUACAGAACUAAAGUGUUUGACAAGUCUCACUCUAAAUCGUACACAAGGAGAUAAAUGUGUCGUGUACCUCCUAUCCGAUCGGGUCAGAACACUCGAGCAAUUGACGAAUCAUGUGAACGAGAAUCUGAACUGUACAGCUGUUGUUGCAAACCACGACGGUGGUCACCACAUCAGGGGAGAACACGGUCCUUUCGCGGGAGCUGACUUUUUCCGGGACCUCGACCUCGCCUCUCGUGCACGAAACGGCUUCGCUGGUUCUACCCGGAGCUCAUCGAGUCUAUUGCAAGAGUGGAUCGAGUACGAUCGUACGAUCGAGUCUUGCAGCCCCAGAACGAAAGGGGUCCUGCCGCCCCUACCGAAACUCAAUACGUGUAAAUUACCAAAAUAG